AUGCACAACUCACUGUACCUUUCCCUUACGCUGCUUAGCACGUGUGGCCACGGCUUCUGGAUCAGGCACCCGGGAAAGACACUCACCCCGCCUUUCACUCCGCAGAGUGGUGGACGGUGUAGUGGCCUCCAUAGCAACCAUGGAAGAAAAGUGGUAAACUCCAACCGCCACCCCGCACACUUUGCAACGAACCAAGAAGGGGAAGGUCAAGAUGAACCCAACGUAUUAGACAGUUCGUAUGUCUACCACACCCCUGUGCUCGCUGACGAAGUGGUACGCUACCUUAGAGGUGACCACCCCAGAGAGGACAACACGGAUGAAGAGUGCCACACAGAAGGACACCACACAGAUGGAGUAGAAUCACAGGGUGAAGCAAGUCCCCCCUGUUUUUUUAUCUCCUCACAGGGGAAGAGAACAGAAGAAAAGGGGAAAGGUACCACUUUCUGGGGGAAUAUUAAAAAUGGAAAAAGCCCAAAUGAGGUGGGGACGCAACAAAGGGGUGCUUUUGUUGUCAAGCCCCCUUCAUCUACAUCUUCCUCACCGAUUCCUUCAAUUGAGAACACUCCAACUGAGUACUACAUCGAUGCGACACUGGGAGGUGGAGGACACACGCAGGAGAUUUUAAAAAACUUUUCACCAACAAGCAAAGUAAUCGCCAUAGACAAAGACAUAGAAUCCAUUUAUUACAACAAACAGAAGCUGCAACGUUAUGUUGAUGUGAAUAAGCUCACCAUGAUACACGGUGAUUACAGACACAUCAUUCAUCUCCUCCACCGGCAUGACCUUCCCCUGUUUGGCAGCUACAGUGGCAUUUUACUCGACCUGGGUGCAUCCACGCACCAGCUGCGAUGUGGCAGGAGGGGAUUCAGUUACAAGCACAACGGCCCCCUUGACAUGAGCAUGGACAAGUACACAGAUGAGGAGUACGCCCGGAUGUGUAGGGAGAGUGAGGAAUGCAGGGGAGACGAUUCACAUGAGGAUUACCAAUGCAGCGAGACUAACCAGAUUAAGCGGGCCAACUGGGAGAGCCCCCAAACCGAGCCGCAAAAACGAAUCGGUGAUAUCCUCAACACGUACAGCCCUCAACAGUUAAGGUUCAUCAUGCACACAUAUGGUCAGGAAAAAAAGGCGUCUAGAAUUGCCAAAAAAAUUGUACAGUGGAGGAAAACCAGUGGAACUAUCAGGACCACAUAUCAGCUGAGAGACAUUGUUCUCUCCACAUGCAAAAAAAAUUACAAAGCAAAUCAAAAGGUCUUGUCCAGGGUGUUUCAGUCAUUUCGAAUAUACAUCAACGAUGAAAUGAAGGCCUUAAAGGAGUUUUUAUUAUCAAGCUAUAAAUUGUUAAGGGCAAAAAAAAGACUUGUAGUUAUUUCGUAUCAUUCGCUGGAAUACAAGUGCGUGGAAAUGUUUGUCCAUGGUAGGAAAAACUUGUGGACAAAAAUUAAUGACGUCGAUAUAACCCCCAGCGAAGCGGAGUUAAAGGCCAACAAAUCUGCACGCUCCGCCAAAAUGUCCGUUUUUGAAAAAAUUUAG